AUGAAUAGUAAUACAAAAAUAACCUUGACCAUCGAAUAAUUAACAGAGCUACUUAUGAAUCCACAAUUACCUAAUAUUUAAAGUAGUCUUUAAUCAUUGUCUGAUUUUGAAUAAAGAAAUAACAAAAUAGACUUAAUGAAAAUAGUAUCAUUUGUUGAUUAGGAUGAGUUCUAAACUGUUAGUACAUCUACUUCAAGUAAAAAUAGUCAAAAUUAAUAAAUGAUUGAGAAAAUUAAUGAAUUGGAAUUAGAAAAUACAUAUCUCAAAAAUUAAUUGGAAUAGCAAAUUGAGAAAGAAAAUCAUUUAAGAUAAUAAAUGAACCUAUGUUUGAAAGAAUCAGAAAGAUUAAGAGCAUAGAAUCAACAUCUUAAUAAUCAGUUGGAUGAACUAGAAAUAUUAAUAAAUCAAAAUAAACUGAUAUCAAAUAGAUUAGAUCCAAUCUCUAAAUCAGUCCAUUUGGAUAUUAAAAAAGCCUUAAUAGUUAAACCCUUAACAAUAACUUAACCUUUACGAAAGUUUUCAGGGACUAGUGGAAUAAUAGCAUAACAUCCUUUUAAAAAUUCCAAAGAUCUGAUUAGAAUAAAAACCGAAAGAAGUAAUUAAUGA